AGAAGACGCCUGCCCGAAAAGCCCGUUAAAAUGUGAAACACCUCCUGAUUAGUUGCGCUUCACUUAAUUUCCGGAAAUGAGUGGGUAACCAAUCUAAAUGGGGUUUUCUUGAUACCGGAAGUCUCGUCUUCUGACAAAAACAAAAACACAAACAAGUGGAAUCGAGCUGUCAUACAGCAACAUUUUCCGUAAUGUCGAAGGAGAGCGCGAAUGACAAUUGUAGGCUUUGUGAAGUUUCUUUCAAAGUACAGUUCGGCAAUCUCCGCAAGCAAAGCCACUCUUCAUCCGAGAACCUUUUCAAACCGUCGAAACGGAAAGAGUGCUUUGGUGUUGUUUUGAGCGAAAUUUGGUGUCAAGUUGGAUUACCAUUGACACAAGAAUCUUCGAAAUAUUCCGAUCAUGUCUACAACCCAUGUGGCCGUAAGAUUCGAAACUUGGGCCAGUUGUAUCAGUUUGUCAAGAAGGCAGCAACUGCAACGACAUCUACCGCAGUUAAAACAAGCAAAAGAACUCUAGACACGCCGGAGAAGGCUAGUCCGCCAUGGAGGAAAUCCAAAUCGGUACGUAUUAAUUCCCCGGUAGGGAAGACUCUAUUCAGGGAAGUUUCUCCUGCGAAGUCAAGAAAGUCUCUCGCCUUUGCAGGCGAAAACAUAAAGAACACCUCAUCUGCUUCUUUAGAACGGGAAAACGAGAUGCUUUCUAAACUAAAUGUGGAAAAUGUUCCGAGCGAUGGCGUAAAAAUCUUGUAUCUUAAUCAGUCGGGAAACGUGACUGUGAGAAUUCCUAGAGAUUCUCAAACUAAAACACUAGUGAAGAACAUUGCCGCCAAGAAAUGGCGAGAAGUUUCAAAUGGAAUCCUAAAGCAUGUGGAAAUUAUGCCUGAACUAUCUAAAGGAAUCUGUAAAACUCAUAUCAAAGGAAUUUGAUGAAUACAUGAAGUCUGA